AAGGACCACAUCUGUUUCAAACAUGAGCUUGGACUCCGGCCCCCUUCCUGAUCAGGACGCCACAGGCCUUCGUCCUCACCCGCAGACCAGGUUGUCAACUACACACCCACCAUCAAGAAUCGGCAUCUCAUCCGAGUGGGACGGCACCGCUCAGCCGAAACAUUCAUGAUGUCAUGACCAGGAGCAAGAGUGUUCGAGUCAAAAGUUUCAGAGAAGAGCGUCUGUCUGCAGCCCAGCAGCUCGUUCCACCUGCUGUGGUCAUGGCUGCAGGAGGAUGUGCCCAAGCGGGACAGCCUAACGUGAACCACACUGAAGCAUCAGGACAUAAAGCAGACAAAAACAAGGAGAAGGGCAUGUCCAGAGCAAUGAGCUUGAAGUUUUUUAGACACAAAUUUAAACUUAAACCUGCAUCCCCGCUGCCCCCCUCAGAGUCUGAGUCACGGCCUCCUUCAUACAGCAGCUCGUUUUCAGUCUUCAAACUCGGAUUUGGGAAUCGCUUUGGAAAACCAAAAGGCCCCAGAGAUUACCCCGACACGUGGGUGUGACACAGACAUGAGGACACGAUCGUCUUCACCGGAUUAGAAUAUUUUGCAUCCGUUUUGGAUGUUUAUUGCAAGAGUCCAAUGAUGAAGGAAGACUGUUUUCUCAGGACUAAAGGAAAACCCUCAAAGCAGCUUCAGCGUCCAGCUCGGAGCUUCUCGCCACCAUCUGUGGUGCAUUUGUGCAUCAGCCAAAGAAGGUGGCUGUGAACUCCUGAUCAGUGCCUCAUUGGAAAAACAUGGAGCAGCUUGAAUGUUUGACUGACAGCUCAGGAGAAUAAUCUGCUAGAACUGGGAGCCGUUUGUGUGUUUGUUUGUGUGUGUUCACUGUAUGAAAGAAGAAAACUGCUCGGGCAGCUGAAAAUCACAAAUCACUGUUUCAUAAUUGGGCGUCGCCUUGACAAUAAAUUCAUGAUGAAAUACAGGGGUCUUGACAUGACUCCCUGGAGAGUCAUUUAUCUGGACAGUAAGGUAUGUCUUCUAUAAUAUAU